AUGAAGGAGUCUUCCAGCGACUCACCACCAUCUUCACAUCAAGAUUCAAAUGAUGCCCCAGAUGAUAUCAAACCUGAGCCAGCGAUAAAUCUAACCAUUAGCAAAUCAGGUAUUGACGUUGAGAACUUGGCGAUGGAGACCUACUUCCACACCCUAUCCCUCAAGUAUUUUGCAUCUUACCCUCCCGUUGGAGGAUGCGUACGUGAAGAACAUGACCAAACUCAAACCUCCGGCAAGUUGCAAGCUCCAGGGUGCACGUCAUCUAUGCAAUGA